AUGGCUAAGAAGUCUCUGUGGCCUCUUCUGACCAAGAAAGAGUACACCAGGUUAAAAGCAGAUGAUGAUCAGAGAGAAGAUGAGGGUGGCAAGGGUUUGGUGCCACUGAUGGUGGGAAAGGAGAAGAGAGAGAGAUUCCUCAUACCUGCCAAGCUCUUGAACCAUCCAUUAAUGGUGGAUUUGCUUGAGAUGGCUGCACAUGAGUAUGGCUAUGAACAGGAAGGUGCACUAAAGUCUCUUGCUCUUCUACCCAAUAACUUGAAUAGUCUUGUUAAUAUUUUUGAAUGGCACAACUUUCAUGUUUGA